AUGGCUUCGGCUGAAACUGAUAUUCGAUCAUCCUUCGGUCAUGGCGUAACGAAAAGAAAACCAGGUAUUAUCCCGCUGUUCCUUUUCUUCGUUGCGACAUUUGUGCUUACGUUUCUUUCUGUGCUUCAAGGUGCGGCUUGCGUGCACUGUCAUCGUCGAAAAGUAAGGUGUGAUGCACAGGCUGUGGGAUUUCCUUGCUCCAACUGUCGUUCGUCUGGAAAAUCUGAUUGCCGCAUACACGAGAAGAAGAAACGCCCUGCAGUCCGCUCAGUCUUGAACCCAGUCCCCAUCCGUAGUCGGCCGUCUCCUGUGGCACUUGCAUCCUCGCGCUCCCAGGGACCCUCCUCAGAAUUUGGAUUGUCAAAGUCGCCCAAUGAUCUGCACACCACGCCACGUAAGGAUGUCGUUCAUGGAGUCAAGCGGUCUCCAGAAACGAGCGGUGGUACCGAUGCCCUGCGUGCACAAGGACUGGGUCUCCAGAACCGUCCCGCUCAACCACACGAGGAUCGACGAGAGAUGGAGAACCGUCUAGUCACCCUAAUUGACGAUCAAGAACCCGACUCUCGUGAAAUCCAGCGCGGUGUUCGUGCGAUUUAUGUUGGCCACGAUGUCUCUAAUAUGUCCUUUCUUCUCCGUCAGCAACGAGGCGACGAAGGGUCAUACCACUUCGCUGGCAACGAGAUUCCACGACGCCGUCUCGAAAUCGGCCACGAUCAGUUAUUGCAGGACGCCUUGACUCUACCAGAACAGUAUUUAGCCGAUGAGCUUGUCAACGCCUACUUUAUCCACGUCAAUCCAGGUUAUCCGGUCGUCGAUGAAGAGCAAUUUAUGACUCAGUACCGCAAUCGAGACCCUUCCGACCCGCCGCCGAUCUUGCUCCUUCAAGCAAUUCUAUUGAUUGGUGUCCAUGUCUCCCGUGAAAAGCCAGAAAGAGAGGAGCUCAAGAAUGUACUGUAUCGCCGGUGCAAGUGGCUCUUUGACAAUAGAAUCGAACGAAAUCGAGACAUACUCGUUCAGGCGGCGUUGCUGUUGACAUGGCACUCCGACGCAAUCGACGACGAUGUUUCUGCAAAUGCUCACUAUUGGGUCGGAGUAGCAGCUCGAAUAGCUACAGGUCUCGGAAUGCAUCGCGAUCCUGUGUCGAAUAAAUUUGCUGCUGGCGACCGCCGUAUGUGGCGACGUGUCUGGUGGAUUCUUGUUCAAUACGACGUGUUAAUAUCGCUAUCCUACGGCCGGCCUCAAGCAAUGCUCGGAUCUGCUGACGUCGUAUCUUCUAGUAACUUGGAGGAUAGCGAUGUACGUCCUUUGACGACGGCAGAUUUCAUCGGCUGUGGUCCACGCGUACAAGCGGACUUUGUAAUACACUUUGCUGAGCUUUGUUCGAUGAUUUCAUACAUAAUUCGCGAACGAUUUGGCCUGAGGGUUAGCGUGGAACGCCGGAAAGCUAUACUACCUGAGGCCGACAAAGCAUUGGCGAACUGGUCGCUGAGUUUGCCGGACUCACUACGACUCCGCGCCUCGAUGGACUCAUGGUCCGCAAUGCUCCACCUCACUUAUAAUAAUUUCCUAAUACUCCUUCAUCGACCUCACCCUAAGGCAUCUGCUUAUUCCGAAGAUUAUGGUCCGCACGACGCUGAAAUCUGCAGCGCAGCGGCCAGCGUCAUCACUUCUAUCUUCGACGAAUUACGGCAAAAGAACGACAUCAAAUAUCUUUGGUGCUCUGGCGUGUUCACACUCUUUACGGCAAUGAUUCAGGUGCGAGUUGAAUUGCGAUUUUCAAAUCCUGUACUAGCGAUCAAUGCUCUACGGCGGUUUGAUUCUACGCUCUAUUCGCUACGCUGCUUGGCCGACUACUGGUCGAGUGCUGAAACGAUUCUUCGCCUUUUCGAAAAUUCAAAAAGGCUGCAGCAGGAUCUCCGCCUUGUGCACGAAGAGGUGCCAGGGCUGAACAACAACCCGGCUGUUGAAAUGACCUCUGGCCCUACAGGCGUUUCUGUUGGGGUGCCAGUCAAUUCACCGCCACACGUCCUGGGUGCUACUGGAAUUAUGGACGAAUCAGCGAAGGCUUCAAGCGAUCUGCAUCCUCGCAGUAGCAACCCGGUUCGACAAAUUGAGGAAUUCCGGUAUGGCGGAAACCUUAUCGACGAAACAAACACCACACCGACUGCUCAGCAAGGGGAUAACCUGGAACCGCCGCGUGAAUACCUGGAUUGGAAACAAUUGUUCCCAUUUGCUGGGCUAGAACAGCCCAUGCCUAUGGCUAUAGGAGGAUGGCCCGACAUAGAGGACGAAUGGCGACAACUAUACUGGGAGCCGCAGAUGUCAGAUCUGUUGCAGGAGAGUGUUUGGCUGCAAUGA